GCGACUACAGUGUCUCAUAAUUUCGACAGCAAGGUAACCCAACGUAACCUUGAACCACAUAACAAAAAAGGAACAUUAAUUCACGUUAGCGCCAGAAUAGUUGUUUUCUGAGUUUUUUUUUAUUUUUUAACUAAUUGCAUAAUGAUUUUAUUAGUCAGCUACGUGUUUCUGGCGGCGUCUUGUGCUGUGCUUCACGGUUUCCCUCACUUCGGAUUUAAACGUCCCCAAGACGGAGCAAGAGAUUUCGAAUCGUCAGGCAACGGAGCAGAGGAACCUGUUCAGGGAAGAGUGAAAGUAGUCCAAAUUAGCCCUAAUUUCCUUCGUCAGUCAGCCUUGUUUAGAAGGGGUGCCGCUAUCCAGAACAGCCCGAGCCGAAGAGGGCCUUUGCCUGUUUUCUUGUCGCACGGGCGACCGGGCCCUGCGCUGUCUGUCAAGGAAACGCGACCUUCUGCACCGUUCCAGCUCCUUGGUGCGAAUAUGAAGCGAAGACAAGGGCAGGAGAUGUGGCAGAAGGCGAUGAACAAAAACACUCAAGACAAGGAGGUGUUGGCACUGCCCAUUAACCCAAAGGACAGCUCCAAGCAGAGCUGUGCCGCAGUGCCUUUCGCGCAGCGAGUGUCAGCAGCGGGCUGUGAGACGGUGACGGUGCAGAAUAAACUGUGCUUUGGUCAGUGCAGCUCAUUGUACGUGCCACCUGGCGGGGAGUCUGUUGGAUCAACAACGGGUGGUGGAAUCAGCUCCCCCUGCUCCCGCUGCGCUCCCUCAAAGGUCAGGUCCAUAGUGGUGUCCUUGCGCUGCCGGGGGAAGGCCGAAGCGCGGGAGAUGCGCGUGAUGGUGGUGGAGGAGUGCAAGUGCGAGACAGGCCGCGAGGAGGAGAACGUUGAGAGGACAAGGCCUCAGCUGAAACGUUGAUAAAUCUGGAACUACGAUUUCCAUUUCACCAAGUGAAGUACCUUCCCAUAUUUAAUUAUUUAUAGAUAUUGUAGCUUUAUAGAUAUUUAUGUUAGAAGCAAGCUAUUACAAAGACAUGGAAUUCUUAGAUAGGAAUUCUCAAUUGUUAUUUAAAUGUAAAAACGUUACAUUUAUUCAGUACCCUUGAAAUUGACUGGUAUGUAGGGCUAGGCUAAGCCUAAACCAACAAGUUUAUAAAUUAAAACAUUUGGUAAAUAUAUCAGUUGUGCAGGGUAAAUAUUGUAUGUCAAUAGUUAUUUGUAAGCUUUCAUUUUAUACAAUGAUUUGUAAGCAAAUACAGCCAAUUAUUGUUUGUGACAUGACAUGUGAACCUGAAAUGUAUGGUUCAUGAAAUUGUUUGUGACAUAGUGGUCUAGCCACGGCCUUUCAAUAUUGAGUCUUCCAUAAUGGAAGGUGUACUUUUCUAUUCAGUUUUUUAUUUUAUUUUAUUUUUUGUUGGACCCAUGCACUGAUUAAAUUAUUCAGUGAAUGACAGGUACAGAACAGGUAAUUUGAGUUGCACCUUUUUCACAGGUGUAAUGUUCAGUCUUUGACAAUGUUUGACUUUAUUGCAUGCAGAAUAGGAUUCUUCUAUUCGAGUGUGCACACUUAUUCCGACUUGUAGCUAUUGCUAUAUGACAAUCUGUAUUUAUAUAUGACUCAAAUUUGGUAUGUAAUUUCGGAUUUGGCCUCCUUAAAAAUUGUAAUGGAAGAAUUAAAAGAUAAAAACUGAAAAAAUGUAUUUUUAUUACUUUGAGCAGGAAAUAUAUAUCAGUAUUUUAUGACAUAACAAUGCACAAAUGUAAGGGAAGACAAAAUGUUGCAAUUCACCCAAUCGCCUGUGGAAAAAAGAAUGGUCUAAGGCAACUAAAUGUUGUUACUAAAUGUUUAUCUGAUAAAAAAAACUGUACCUUUUUUUUUAUAACAAGUCAAUUAGUGGUCCCAUAUUUGACCAGUUUUGAUGCUUAUCAUGAAGUCUAUUUAGAUGGCUUUGUUUUACCUAUUUUGCCUCUAUGUGUAAGAAAAUACCGAUUGUGUAGCAGAGCAAUGCUUUCCUGGUUUAUUGUGUUUUUUUCAUUUGGAUGUUUAGUAGUACAUUAUUGCAUCUCAGCUACUGUUCAUAUCUUUAAUUUUGAAUUUGAGCAAGUGUACAUUUAUAAUAUGUGACCCUGACAGGCCAUCAUGUGAGUCUUAGUAAUGCUCUAAUUUCAAUUUGUGAAGACAAAAUAUGUUGUAAUUGUAAUAUUAGAAAAAAUUUUUGUUGGCAAAAUAUUUUAGAUUUUGAAUAGUAGUUUAACUUCACACAGAAAAAAAGAACAUUUGCAUGCAAACAGAGCACUAAAAUGAACAUUAACUGCUUUAAAGUUAUUAGCAAAAUGUGG